GAAAGUCUCGUUUCCUGUCAGCAGUUGGCAGUCAAAUUUGCUUUUUCAGAAAAAGCUGAGGGGUUCUUCGAUUUUGACGAGUCUCGUUUGUUGUUAGCCACACGAGUCAAUUCAGAUAACUAAUUAUUUGACAAACAAUGCUCAUCACAUUGUAAAAAGUAUCCAGAUGUGUUAGUCUGGACUUGAGGCUGACUAGGUGAAAAUGAACAUGCACGGUGCCAGCGGAGGCUUUGACCGAUCCAGAGAUCGACGACGCUCUAGCGACCGCUCUAGAGACUCCUCACAUGAGCGUGUAGAAGGACAGCUCACGCCCUGCAUUCGCAACGUGACUUCACCAACACGUCAACAGAACGGUGAUCGUGAAGGCAGCUCAUCGCGGCCCAGCAGCCCUAGGCCUCAAAGGGUUUCUCCCAGCAGUAGCAGUGGGAUUGCUAGCAGUCGCAACAGUAGCCUGUCUAGUUCAGAUGGUACCUACAAGAGCAUGGGCCCUGGUGAGAUGGUCUUCAUCUAUGAGAAUGUGAAAGAUGGAGGCCGCAGCGUCCGCACAUCAGAGAAGGUCACGCUCAUUGUGGACAACACUCGUUUCGUGGUGGACCCCUCGAUUUUCACAGCACAGCCCAACACCAUGCUGGGCAGAAUGUUUGGAUCUGGGAGGGAGCACAAUUUCACUCGGCCCAAUGACAAAGGAGAGUAUGAAGUGGCAGAGGGCAUCAGCUCCACUGUGUUCAGGGCAAUUCUGGAUUACUAUAAAACUGGGAUAAUCCGCUGCCCUGAUGGAAUCUCCAUACCUGAGCUGAGGGAAGCAUGCGACUAUCUGUGUAUCUUAUUUGACUACAGUACUAUCAAGUGUCGGGACCUGAGUGCCCUUAUGCACGAGCUGUCCAAUGACGGCGCUCGGCGGCAGUUCGAGUUCUACCUGGAGGAGAUGGUGCUUCCUCUGAUGGUGGCCAGCGCUCAGAACGGAGAGAGGGAGUGUCACAUUGUCGUUCUCACAGACGAUGACGUAGUCGACUGGGAUGAGGAGUACCCACCCCAAAUGGGAGAAGAGUAUUCACAGAUAAUAUACAGUACAAAACUGUAUCGUUUCUUCAAGUACAUUGAAAACCGUGAUGUAGCCAAAUCAGUUUUGAAAGAGCGAGGGCUCAAGAAAAUCAGACUGGGCAUUGAAGGUUAUCCAACAUACAAAGAAAAGGUCAAAAAGCGCCCAGGCGGUCGACCCGAAGUGAUCUACAACUACGUCCAAAGACCCUUCAUCCGGAUGUCCUGGGAGAAGGAAGAGGGCAAGAGUCGACACGUAGAUUUCCAAUGCGUGAAGAGCAAGUCCAUCACGAACUUGGCAGCAGCCGCUGCGGACAUUCCCCAGGACCAGCUCGUGGAGAUGCACCCUGGGCCGCAAGUGGAUGAACUGGACAUUCUUCCCAACCAUCCUCCCCCCGGACAUCACUACAGCAACAACGAGCCCGACCCCGACGCCCCCUCACCUGCGGUCUGAGAGCAGACGCUCCUUCAACAGCAUGCUGCAGCAUGAACCAGUGACACUAUAACCAGAUUGCCUUCCGCACCUUCUCCACAGCCUUAGAGCCUCAACUGUCUAGUUACUGUAUUUAAACAUGAAAAAAACAGAACAAACCUAGCGUGGGCUUGGGUAUCGGCAUGGGGAGUGCUCUCCUCUUUUGUUUUUUGUUUUCCUUUUUUUACUCGACCAAAGGAAUUUUAUUUUUGUUUGUUGUUUGACAUGAAGUGCGCAACCUCACCUAUUUUGUAAUUGGGCCUAUUAUAUGAUGAUGAUUAUUAUUAUUACAAAUGUUCUUUUCCAUUUUAUUACAUUAUUACUGCAAUGAGUACUAUUAUAUAUUAUAUAUUAUUAUUAUUAAUAUUGAGUUCUACUUUCACUAUAAGCGUUUGGGUUCUGUGCCACUGUUCAUUUGAAAAGCUCUCCCCAUGACCUCCACCGAGCUCCUGUGCAGAGGUCCAUUUGCUUGGUGAAUGAAUGCAGUGUUUUCUUAAGUGGACAUUAAUUUAUCUGCUCAAGAUCUGUAUGUUCAGCGCUUGAAAAUCAUUGUGUU